AUGGGCGCAACUAUCGAUACAGAGGAGAAACAGUCUCAGGCCAAUCUCGAACACUCCAUAAGCUCAAGCGAUCAUGAAGCCCACGAUGCAAUUGCAGCCCCUCAAAUUACUCCAGAAAUGGAAAAAAAGAUUCUCCGGAAAAUGGAUAUCCAUUUGAUUCCUAUGCUCGCUUUGCUGUAUUUGUUAGCCUUUCUUGACCGCGGUAACAUCGGUAAUGCGAAGAUUGAGGGGCUACUUGAUGACCUGAAUAUGUCAGGACAUCAGUACAGCAUGGCCUGUAAGUCCCCAGAAUACGUUAGAGGGUCAGAGCUGAUACAUAUGCCCUGCUGCCAGUGA